AGGGGGCGCUGUUCCCCGCCCAGCAGCACGCGCUCCCUCAUGCCGGGAGCCGCUCUGGACACGCUGAGUGAGGGAGCGCGGCCGGAGCGGAGCGGAGAUCUGGGGCACUAUGCCAGGGAAACGUGCAGGGAAGAAAAGCCCAGUGCCAGAAGACAAAGCUCCUGAGAGGAAGAAGAUUAAAAUCUGUCACCCAUCCCACAGGACACAGCCUGGCCUGGUGCUGACAGUGGGGCAGGGGGAUGUGGGGCAGCUGGGCCUGGGGGAGGAGGUGAUGGAGAGGAAGAAACCAGCCCUGGUGCAGCUCCCAGAGAUGGUGGUGCAGGUGGAAGCUGGAGGGAUGCACACAGUGUGCCUCAGCCAGACUGGAAAAAUUUACACCUUUGGCUGCAAUGAUGAAGGUGCCCUGGGGCGUGACACCUCAGCAGAAGGCUCAGAGGCCACCCCAGGGCUGGUGGAGCUGCAGGAGAAGGUGGUGCAGGUGUCUGCAGGGGACAGUCACACAGCAGCACUGACUGAGGAUGGCAGAGUCUUUGUCUGGGGCUCAUUCCGGGAUAACAACGGGGUGAUUGGCUUGCUGGAACCCAUGAAGACCAGCUCCAUCCCUCUGCUUCUCCAGCUCGGGGUGCCCGUUGUUAAAAUUGUCUCAGGGAACGACCACCUGGUGAUGCUGACAGUGGAUGGGGAGCUCUUCACCUGUGGCUGUGGGGAGCAGGGCCAGCUGGGCAGGGUGCCAGCUCUCUUUGCCAACAGAGGAGGAAGGAAAGGGUUGGAACGCCUCCUGGUCCCCCAACGUGUCCCUGUCAAAGGCAAAGGCAACAGAGGGAAAAUCCGCUUCCAGGACGUCUUCUGUGGGGCUUAUGUCACCUUUGCUGUCACACAGGAGGGACACAUCUAUGGGUUUGGCCUCUCCAACUACCACCAGCUGGGGACCCAAAGCACCGAGCCCUGCUUCUCCCCUCAGAACCUCACCUGCUUCAAGAACUCCACCAAGUCCUGGGUUGGGUUUUCUGGUGGGCAGCACCACACCUUGUGUGUCGACUCAGAGGGUAAAGCCUACAGCUUGGGCAGGGCAGAGUAUGGGAGGCUGGGGCUGGGGGCAGGGGCAGAGGAGAAGAGCACCCCCACCCUCAUCCCAGAGCUCCCCAACAUCUCUUCUGUUGCCUGUGGAGCAUCCGUCGGCUACGCUGUCAGCAGUGAUGGACGAGCCUUUGCCUGGGGCAUGGGCACCAACUACCAGCUGGGCACAGGGGAGGAGGAGGAUGUCCUGAGCCCUCUGGAGAUGACAGGGAAGCAGCUGGAAAACCGUCGGGUCCUGGCUGUGUCCAGUGGUGGCCAACACACAGUGCUGCUGGUCCAGGACAAGGAGCAGAGUUGAUGAAGUCACCUCUGAGCCCAGAGGGAUGCAGGACCCCAACUUCCACCUGGGUUGAGUGACUCUCCCCCCACCCCCCCAGUUUUCUGGUCACCCACCCGUGGCUGGGGGGGUGCCAGCCCUUGGCAGCAUGUUGGGAACUCUUCAGGGAUGCUCCCUGGAAGUGUGUGUCUGUCUGCCUGGUGCUGUGGCAGCUCCCUCAGGUUGGUUUGGUCCUAAACUGAAGCUCAGUGCUGUGGCUGGAUGAGUUUACACUUCUCCUCUGGUUUGUUUUUUUCUUUUUUUUUUGCUUUGUUUUAGGGUUUUGUUUUAAAUAUUUCCUGGGCUGGCAAAAACUGAGGAUUCUCUUCUUUACCACACAAAAGGGUUUGGGGCUUUCUGAGGUCCCCAUGUUCUCCAUCUCUGGAUGCUUCUCCAGCUCCUCAACAUCAUUUUACUUCUCCUGUUUGGAUUUCUGCCCCUUCCCCCCAGAUCCCUCAGGACUCUUUCCAGGUGGGAUCUGUUGUCCAGCAGAGACCCAAAGCUUCUGGCUGUGCUGAGGAGAUGCUGCCAGGAGCCUGGGAGGGGGAAUCACUGCUGGAAAAGGGAAACUCCUGCUUCCCACCCAUCCCCACUCUGAGGGAUCUGAGCCAACUCCUCCUGGGCAGCAAGGCUGGGGGCAGAACCCCCCCCAAUUCCCUCCUGCCUGGAGCAGCUUUGGACAGCCCCAUCCCCUUGGGAACCCCAAAAUCCCAUCCUGAUGGGGAGGACUUGGUACUGUUCAUUUUUUUUUUUCCUCUUUUUGCUGAGGGAAGGAGCUUUCAUUUGCCAUUAGGGCCUUGCUGAGAAGACAGAACCAAACCCCAAUUUAUUCAUGGAAUUGCUGGAAGCAACAGGAUUCCCUCCUCCUCCUCUUCCUCUCCACCACCUUCUCCAGUCUGGGUCUGGCUGGGUCUGGGUCUGGCUGCUCUCACUCCACAUCCCAGGUUCCCUGGUUGCCUUCCAGGUGCCUGGGGGGGCUGCAAAGGUUCAGGUUUUUAUGUUAAGUUAUAGCAAUA